AUGGGUAUAAACAACUUUAUUGGUCCAAUUCCAUUUGAGAUCUUCAAUAUCUCAACAAUACGAGAAAUUGGUAUGCCUGUCAAUAACCUCUCAGGCCAUCUUCCAUCAAAUGUAGGCCUCUUUCUUCCAAAUCUCGAUACCUUUUAUCUUGGAGUAAACAAACUGAGUGGAACAAUACCAAGCUCAAUCUCCAAUGCUUCCAGACUCACACUACUAGAUCUGGGCUUCAACUUAUUCUCGGGCUUAAUUCCUAAAGCACUUGGUAAUUUAAGGCUCCUCCAAUGGCUCGACCUAGAAAAUAAUAAUUUGACCUUUGAAUAUUCCAAUCCAAAUUUCAACUUUUUCUCAGCUUUGUCAAAUUUUGCCUAUCUAACACAAUUAUAUUUGUCACAUAAUCCACUUAACAGUGUCCUUCCUAGUUCCAUUGGAAAUCUCUCUACUUCUCUUCAAUAUCUUCACAUGGAUAAUUGUAAUAUUGAGGGCAUCAUUCCUAGUGAUAUAAGCAAUUUAAGCAACUUGGUGUCUAUGUCCCUAGAGCUCAAUGAAUUGGCUGGACCUAUUCCAACUACAGUGGAAAGACUGCAUAAGCUUCAAGCUCUCUCUCUUGAUAAUAAUAGACUAAAAGGUUCAAUCCCAUCUGAUCUUUGUCAUUUAGAGAGCUUGUUUAAGUUGUCUUUAGGUGGUAAUGAGCUUUCUGGACCUAUUCCUGUAUGUGUAAAUAACAUGACUUCUCUAAGAGCUCUUCACUUAGACUCCAACCAAUUAACUUCCAUGAUUCCCUUAAGCCUGUGGAGCCUUACAUAUAUUUUGGAGGUUGACCUCUCAUCAAAUUUUCUAAGUGGCCUUUUGUCAUUCGAGAUUGGAAAUUUGAAGGUAUUGAGAGCAUUAGAGCUAUCAAGAAAUCAACUAUAUGGUCAUAUCCCAACAACAAUUGGUGGCCUCAAAGAUAUUGCUAAUCUCUCCUUGGCAGACAAUCGAUUAGAAGGCUCAAUUCCUGAAUCUUUUGGUGAAUUGGUAAGUUUGGAAUUCUUGGACCUUUCCAGAAACAAUUUAUCCGGUGAGAUUCCAAAGUCCUUAGAAGCAGUUUCACAACUCAAAUAUCUAAAUGUCUCUUUCAAUAGACUACAAGGAGAAAUUCCUGUAGGAGGACCAUUUGUGAACUUCUCUACUGCAUCAUUUAUGUCAAAUGAUGGACUUUGUGGUGCUCCUCGACUGGAUGUUCCCCCUUGUAAAGCAAAAAAGACCGCAGUAGCACAUAUACUAAAGUAUGUAUUACCAACUAUUGGAUUAACAAUGUUUGUAGUUGCUCUUGUGUUAGUUUGGACAAGGUGCAGAAAAAGGAAUAUGAAAAUUCCAGAGGAGGAAAACUCAUUAACACUAGCCACGUGGAGAAGAAUUUCCCAACAAGAACUUCUACAGGCAACAGAAGGGUUCAGUACAAGCAACCUACUUGGUAAAGGGAGCUUUGGAUCAGUAUACCAAGGGAGACUCUCAGAUGGAAUGAUUGUUGCAAUAAAAGUUUUUGACUUGGUAGUAGAAGGGGCUUUCAAGAGUUUUGAUACAGAGUGUGGGGUACUUCGCAAUAUUCGUCAUCGGAAUCUUGUCAAAAUCAUCAACACUUGUAGUAACAUGGACUUCAAAGCUUUUGUAUUGGAAUACAUGCUUAAUGGGAACCUAGAGAAAUGGUUGUAUUCUCACAACUACUGUUUGAGUAUCUUACAAAGACUAAAUAUAAUGAUUGAUGUCGCGUCAGCACUAGAAUACCUUCAUUAUGGUUAUUCAACACCUAUUGUUCAUUGUGAUUUGAAGCCCAACAAUAUCUUAUUAGAUGAAGAUAUGGUUGCACAUGUUGCUGAUUUUGGCAUUGCCAAACUAUUAGGUGAUGGGGAUUCUAUGAUGCGCACCAUGACUCUCGCUACUAUUGGAUAUAUGGCACCAGAGUAUGGAUCGGAAGGACUUGUUUCUACAAGAGGUGAUGUGUAUAGUUAUGGUAUUUUGCUAAUGGAAACUUUCACAAGAAGGAAACCUACAGAUGACAUGUUUGCUGGAGAAAUGAACUUAAAGCGUUGGGUAGAGGAAUCAUCAUCCCUUUCAAUAACUAAAGUGGUCGAUGCCAACUUGUUGACAAUUGAAAUAGAUCAUGCUUCUACAGAGGAUUGCAUAUCAUCCAUAAUGGGGUUGGCAUUGCAUUGUUGUGCAGAGUUACCUGACAAGAGGAUUGAUGCAAAAAAUAUCUCAAUCACGCUCAACAAGAUCAAAUUGAAGUUUCUAAAGGAUACCGAAGGAAGCUAGUAUGAGAGCAUGAAGUUUGUCUAUAG